UGUGUGUGUGUGUGGAUGGCUGGGUAAUACGUUUCCAAUUUCAACAUGAACUUUAAAGUAAAAACUGUCAAAAUAAUUUACAGAAGCUUUCAAAAGCUAAGAACACAUGAAGAGCGGAGAAAGUUAAUGUUGUUCUUAAUGAUUCUGAUGGUUUGACAGCAAGUUGGAGGCCGAAUUGUUAAGGUGAACUUCCCAGAAGUGCCAAAGGGAGGUGAAAGGGAAGUAAUGGGGCCAAAGAUGUGGGGCACCAACAGGGGCUAUAUAGACAGCCCUCACAAGAUCUAUUCUGGAAACCUUGGUUGGGGCCUCACUUCCCAGGGUCUAAGAGAUGCUUUUGCAGAUCAGCGAGGCCUAUUGAGUGCCAAAGUCAUUUAUGAGAGAGACACAGGAAGAUCACGUGGUUUUGGGUUUGUCUCUUUUGAAACCGCCGAGGAUGCAGAAUCUGCAUUGAGUUCCAUGAACGGAGCGGAGGUUGAAGGGCGGCCUUUACGAUUAAAUAUGGCUGCACAAAGGGCUCAGUCUGCUUCUCCACCGGUGGUGGAAAGAAAUGUGGAGAACAAUCUUGACAGCAACGAUUUGCUUUCUAGCAUCAGCAGCUAA